AUGACUAUUCAUGCUGGAGUCUGUGGACGUCAGGACGUCAGGACGCAGAGGCUGCGUGGAGCGGAGACAACAUGCCACACCGGCCCGGCUCCUUCGCUCCUAUCGCCGCUUCUUUUUUAUUUUUUUAUUUUUUUUAGGACGGAUGGGCUUCCGUAGGACGACAUGAGCACAAUAAUGCAUCGCUAAGAUGUGUCAUAAAGCAUGCAGGCUGCAGCCACGUCGAAGCUAAGCUGCUCGGCUCUCUCCACGAUGCACCCACGGACGUAUCGAGUGGACAGCCGGGACCGCGGUUGUUGUUGUCUUUCUCCCCGCACGAUGGACGAGACGUAUCGGGGACUAGCGGGAGCUGUGUGAGAUGGUAGCCGCCUCCCGUGGAAGUGGAAGCAUGUCUCGCCUGUGAGCUUUCAAGCCUCGGGAAGCCAGAGGACGGUGAUGCUGCGCGGGAGCUGACCGUGGUGCUGAAACGGAUCGACCCUGCGAUUGGUGGCCGCACAUGAACCACUGGGACUAUCGGGGAUUCGCCCCCACGCACGUCACUUUUCCAUGGCCGUGGCACGCAAGAUCAAAACUUUGCUGACCGUCAACAUCCUGGUGUUCGUGGGCAUCAUCCUGUUCUCCGUCUACUGUCGGAUCCAGGACCGCUCCGAGGAGCUGGUCCAGCUCGGACGCGCGUCCGACCAGAGGCUGCGGGCCAGACACGGCAAAGUGAGCAACUUGGCGGACCGGCAGUCCAUCCUCCAGCGGCUGGAGAGGCUGGAAGAUGUGGUCUACAAUCAACUGAACGGCUUGGCGAAGCCCAUGGGGCUGGUGGAGGGUCCCGGAGGACUUGGUCAGGGAGGAGUCGCCGCCUCUCUCGGGGAGGACAGCCACGACGGCGAAGGGAAAUACGAAGAGUACGGCUACAACGCCCAGCUCAGUGACAGGAUCUCCCUGGACAGAAGCAUCCCAGACUACAGGCCUAAAAAGUGCAGGCUGCUGACAUACGCAGAGGACCUCCCUCAGAUAUCGGUGGUGUUCAUCUUUGUGAACGAGGCCCUGUCUGUGAUAUUGCGCUCCGUCCACAGCGUGGUGAACCACACUCCAGCUCACCUGCUGAAGGAGAUCAUCCUGGUGGAUGACAACAGCGACAGUGUGGAGCUGAAGUUUAACUUGGACCAGUAUGUGAACAAGCGUUACCCCGGCCUGGUCAAGAUCGUGCGGAACAUCAAGCGGGAGGGUCUGAUCCGAGCCAGAAUACACGGCUGGAACGCGGCCACGGCCCCCGUGGUGGGCUUCUUUGAUGCCCACGUGGAGUUCAACUCAGGCUGGGCUGAACCUAUCCUCACCCGGAUGAAAGCGGACCACACGCGCAUCAUCUUGCCAGCCAUAGACAACAUCAAAUACAACACAUUCGAGGUGCAGCAGUACGCCAACGCUGCCCACGGCUACAACUGGGGGCUGUGGUGCAUGUACAUCAUCCCGCCGCAGGAGUGGCUGGACAAGGGCGAUGAGACGGCGCCUAUCAGAACGCCUGCAAUGAUUGGCUGCUCGUUUGUGGUGGAUCGUGAUUACUUUGGAGAGAUCGGUCUGCUGGAUCCUGGUAUGGAGGUCUACGGAGGGGAGAACAUUGAGCUCGGCAUGCGGGUGUGGCAGUGUGGCGGCAGUAUGGAAGUCCUCCCCUGUGCCAGAGUGGCCCACAUUGAGCGCACCAAAAAGCCCUACAACAAUGACAUUGAUUACUAUGCCAAGCGCAAUGCCUUGCGAGCAGCCGAGGUGUGGAUGGAUGAAUACAAAUCUCACGUGUACAUGGCCUGGAACAUUCCCAUGAACAACCCGGGUGUUGACUUUGGGGAUGUGUCUGAGCGCUUGGCCUUGAGGAAAAGACUGCAGUGUCGUAAUUUCCACUGGUACCUGGAACACGUCUACCCCGAGAUGAGGAUCUACAACAACACCAUCACUUACGGCGAGGUGAGGAACAACAAAGCGAGUGGCUACUGUCUGGACCAGGGCUCUGAGGAUGACGAUAAAGCUAUCCUCUAUCCAUGCCACGGCAUGUCCUCCCAGCUUGCCCGAUACUCAACUGACGGGCUUCUCCAGCUCGGACCCCUGGGAUCGACCACCUUCCUGCCUGACACGAAAUGCCUUGUUGAUGAUGGCAGAGGGCGCGUUCCCAGCUUGAAAAAAUGUGAUGCCGUUUCCAGGGUUUCUCAGAGGCUUUGGGACUUCACACAGAACGGUCCGAUCAUCAGUCGGGACACAGGUCGAUGCUUGGAAGUGGAAAUGUCCAAAGAUGCCAACUUUGGUCUUCGCUUGGUGAUGCAGAGAUGCUCAGCUCAGAAGUGGAUCAUAAGAAACUGGAUUAAACAUCCCAGACACUAAAUCCGGAGGAAGAAAUCCAAAGGUCGGGUCGCGCGGAGCAGGUGUGUGACAUCACUGCACUACCGGACUUUGCCUCGGCGGCCACAGAGCAUUCCGACAUUGAAGCUUUGAGAACAUGAACACGAUCCACUCGUGCGGAUCUCUGACUAAACCGUUGAGGAGGCCCACAUUUGGAACUGGAGCUCUAUAUGUAGAAAUAAAUGUACAAAGAUGCAUAAGUGAAAUUGAAAAUGAUUUCAUUUCUAUUGUAAAGCUACCUGUUGUUGGUAAAUGACCGCGUGUGUUCCAUUCUGUGUGGUUAUUUUAAUGAGAAAAUUGCAUAACGUAGUUGUAAAUUGUAAUGCAACACAUCCAAAUGAUUAUUUUUUGAAUUCAUCUGCCAUGUUGUACUACUCUGGUACUGUAUGAUACAUAAUAGGCUUUAACGAUGCCUGUGAAUAUUGUCAUUGCAUUCUCAGGGCAUUGAAGCCGUUGCAAUUGGACUGUUGGGAUUGUCCGAGCAGGUUUGUCUAGGGAUGAUGUUUGUUAAAGGCCUACUGAAAGCCACUACUAGCGACCACGCAGUCUGAUAGUUUAUAUAUCAAUGAUGAAAUCGUAACAUUGCAACACAUGCCAAUACGGCCGGGUUAACUUAUAAAGUGCAAUUUUAAAUUUCCCGGGAAACUUCCGGUUGAAAACGUCUAGGUAUGAUGACGUUUGCGCGUGACGUCAACGGUUGAAGCGGAAGUAUUCGGAGCCCAUUGAAUCCGAUACAAAAAGCUCUGUUUUCAUCUCAAAAUUCCACAGUAUUCUGGACAUCUGUGUUGGUGAAUCUUUUGCAAUUUGUUUAAUGAACAAUAGAGACUGCAAAGAAGAAAGUUGUAAGUGGGAUCGGUGUAUUAGCGGCGGACUACAGCAACACAACCAGGAGGACUUUGAGGAUAGCAGACGCGCUAGCCGAACGACCUCACCUUGACUUCCUCCGUCUCCGGGCCGCCGACCGCAUCGGUGAUCGGGUGAAGUCCUUUGUCGUACCGUCGAUCGCUGGAACGCAGGUGAGCACGAGUCGUGAUGAGCAGGUGAGAGCUGGCGUAGGUGCAGAGCUAAUGUUUUUAGCAUAGCUCUGUCGAGGUUCCGUUGCUAAGUUAGCUUCAAUGGCGUCGUUAGCAACAGCAUUGCUAAGCUUCGCCAAGCUGGAAAGCAUUAUCCGUGUAGUUACAUGUCCAGAGUUUGGUAGUAUUGUUGAUCUUCUGUCUAUCCUUCCAGUCAGGGACUUAUUUGUUUUGUUUCUAUAUGCAGUAAAGCCCGAUGCUAUCACGUUAGCUCAGUAGCUAAAGUGCUUCACCGAUGUAUUGUCGUGGAGAAAAAAGUCACUGUGAAUGUCCAUUUCGCGUUCUCGACACUCAUUUUCAAGAGGAUAUAGUAUCCGAGGUGGUUUAAAAUACAAAUCCGUGAUCCACAACAGAAAAAGGAGAGAGUGUGGAAUCCAAUGAGCCAGCUUGUACCUAAGUUACGGUCAGAGCGAAAAAAGAUACGUCCUGCACUGCACUCUAGUCCUUCACUCUCACGUUCCUCAUCCACGAAUCUUUCAUCCUGGCUCAAAUUAAUGGGGUAAUCGUCGCUUUCUCGGUCCGAAUCUCUCUCGCUGCUGGUGUAAACAAUAGGGAAAUGUGAGCAGCCCUUCCUCCGGUGUCGUCACGCUACUUCCGGUACAGGCAAGGCUUUUUUUUUAUCAGAGACCAAAACGUGCGAACUUUAUCGUCGUUGUUCUAUACUAAAUCCUUUCAGCAAAAAUAUGGCAAUAUCGCGAAAUGAUCAAGUAUGACACAUAGAAUGGAUCUGCUAUCCCCGUUUAAAUAAAAAAAAAUCAUUUCAGUAGGCCUUUAAGAAAUUAUCGAUUUCGAUCCCAGUAUCGAAUCCUCUUAUCGAACCGAUUCCUUAUCGAUUCUUUUAUCGAAUCCAGAUAGGUACAGUAGUUGUAUAUGGGGGGAAAAAAUCAAUCAAAUCAAAUAAACAGAGCAAACACAGCUCUUGUCACUCUGGCUGUCGUGAAUGUCAUCAUCUGAAAUAGGAUAACGUUAACAUUAUCUUCAUUCACAUCUUGCAAGCACUAGUUUAUUAGACAGACCUGCAAACUCUGGAGCGGUGUAGGCUGCAAGAUACCGUUAACGUUAUCAGACACAUACUAAAAGGCUAACGUUAACGUUACCGUUAGCCACUGACUAUGCCUAGGUAACGUUAGUCUCUCUAACAUUACUGCAGUCCUGGUUGACAUAAGAGGUAACAUUAUUUUAGCCUAAAGGCUACAAGUGAGCAGAUAUGGAAAUGAACCGGCAACAGUUAACGUGAGUUACUCACCGGCACUAUCACUGGGACUGCAGGUUGAAGCAGAGGAAGAGGGGCGUGCUUCGUCAUCUCUGUCGCUGCUUCUCCACGACACCUUUUUCGAACCUUCAGGUUAUGUACGGCCUGAACAUGUUUCAACAUGUUUCUUGUACUGCUCCCCUUACAGGAAAGCCAAGCCUGGCAAUAAUCGCAGAUAGCCGUUUCCUCGUCGUAUUUCUUAGUAAAGUGAAGUCAUGCCUUGGAGCGUUUUUCUCCCGGUCCACUGCUCCUGAAUCUGCCGCCGAAUGACUGAGCUACGUCAUUUCCUGUGUGACAUGGGAUUCGAAUAAAGAACCUAAUCUUUUUCUUUACUAUAGUGGCUUCGAUAAUGGGAACCGUUUCUCAAAAAGGGAUUUGAAUCCAUGGAAUCGGUUCUUUUCUUAUCGAACAAUCGGGAGAACCGGUUUUGAACAUCAUUCCUAGGUUUGUCAGAUCACGACUACAGACUUGGAUAGGACGGCUGGAGUCUGGUGCUGGUGAUACAUACUUAGGAUCUGGUCAUCUGCUCUGCGAGGACGAGGUGAUCCCAUUAGGACCAUCUGCUUAGAGGCAGAACCGUCUUCUAAGACAAUCGGAACAGAAACUCAUUUCAAUGCCCUGAGAAUAGGCUUCUUAGGAUCUGGUCAUCUGCUCUGCGAGGACGAGGUGAUCCCAUUUGGACCAUCUGCUUAGAGGCAGAACCGUCUUCUAAGACAAUCGGAACAGAAACUCAUUUCAAUGCCCUGAGAAUAGGCUUCAUAGGAGCUCUUUAUUGUCUCAUCGGGAGGUUCAGCUGGUUCUGUUUGAACAGCAUUGCUCACACUGGGGAGGAGCAAUCGUGUGCCUUUUUCGUCAUUUAUUUCAUCUGACCAGGGAAUGUUUAUCCCAAACGCAUGUACAAAGUUAAAAUAUGGAACAAGUAUGAAACAAUGAAGAAAUAGUCAUUUACUGUAAAGAGUGACGGAUUCGAUCCAACAGGAUAAUAACAUAUUUUUUAUGAUGAGGGGAGGGGGGAAAUAAGUCACUUGUUUUAAAAACGGAAAUUUUGUGGGUUAGAAAUGUUUGGUGCUUAAUCAUACAAGGCUGUGUGGUUGAAUGUGUUUUAAAAAAUAUCAUUAGCAUUAUCAUUGCUGUGAUAAAACCGCCGUCGUUAAAGUUGGGUUCAUUUUAUUGCUCUUUGCAUCCUGAUCUUAAAGGGGAACUGCACUUCUUUUGGAAUUUUGCAUAUCGUUCACAACCAUUGAGCAUACUUGCCAACCCUCCCGUUUUUAGCGGGAGACUCCCGGUAUUCAGCGCCUCUCCCGAUAACCUCCUGGCAGAAAUUCUCUCCCGACAAACUCCCGGUAUACAGCCGGAGCUGGAGGCCACACCCCCUCCAGCUCAAUGCGGACCUGAGUGGAGACAGCCUGUUUUCACGUCCGCUUUCCCACAAUAUAAACAGCUUGCCUGCCCAAUGACGUCAGAAUGAUGGAGGGCGAGUUCUUGGUUUCUUAUGUGGGUUUAUUGUUAGGCAGUUUCAUUAACGUCCUCCCAGCGCGGUAACAACACACAACAACAGCAGUCACGUUUAGUCUACCGUAAAGCAGUUUGUCUGCCGUAAACAGCAAUGUUGUGACACUCUUAAACAGGACAAUACUGCCAUCUACUGGAUAGCCUCCAGAACACUGAAAUUCAAGUAUUUAUUUUAUUUAUAUGUAUAAUAAAAUAUAUAUAUAUAUUAAGAUUAAGAUUAAAGUACCAAUGAUUGUCACACACACACUUAGAUGUGGUGAAAUUUGUCCUCUGCAUUUGUCCCAUCCCCUUGGGGAGCAGUGGGCAGCAGCGGCGCCGCGCCCGGGAAUCAUGUUGGUGAUUUAACCCCCAACUCCAACCCUUUGUUGCUGAGUGCCAAGCAGGGAGGUUAUGGGUCCCAUUUUUAUAGUCUUUGGUAUGACUCGGCUGGGAUUUGAACUCCAACCUACCGUAUAGCUAGAAUUCACUGAAAGUCAAGUA